AAUGUAAGAAAUGGUGGCAUUGCUCAUCGAAUGGGGAGUCCAUGGACACGCAGAGAGCAGGUCAAUGGGUCAUUGUACAAUUUCUGGCUCCGAGGAAGCUCAAGUCGCACCUUGAGCAGCGGCAAGAACUCCGGGGGACGAGAGGCCUGCGAACAGGGGCGGCAGCGGCGGCGUCAGUGGUUGGAAGUUCUUUUAAUUUUAAAUUCUGGAAAUGGAGUGUUGCUCUUCUUUUAUAAAGUUAUCUUCAAGCUUUAACACCACAGUAUGCAAGUCUCCACUAACCUGCAACAGUCAUAGCAGUGGCUGUAGCAGGACUAGUUGCAGUAGUAGUAGAAGUCGGAAGAGGAAGAAGGGAAGUUUGGCGGUAAUCUCUGCCUUCUCUUACCAGAAAUUCAUUCACUUCGCUUUGGAUGAAACCAAGCGCCAUACCCACUUGGUGCCUUCGCCUUUGCAGGAUAACUUCAGUUCCAUGAGGGCCACAGAUGGAAAAACAGAGCUUCAGAUGCUAUCAUUCAAAGCACCCAAGAUUAGGCUCCUCCGAAGUUUGUGCAUUGAAGGGAGUGAAACCACACAGAAAAUCUGUGUGCAGGUUUUGGACUUUGCUGCAUUUCCGGAACCAAAAUUUGAUCUGCCAAUAUUUUGUGCCAACUUUUUUACAAGUGCUGGUGCGAACAUAGUUGUUCUGGACCUCAACCCUUUGUAUGAUGUCAUUAACCAAAAGGAUUACAAGGAGAAGUACUAUGAUAGCUUAAUUCCUCUUGGGCUCAAGUAUGCUGAGCUUUUACCUUGGGGAGGGAAGAUUACCAGUGAAUCUUUGAAAUUUUUCUCACCAAUUGUACUGUGGACCAAGUUUACUUCUAGCCCACGCAAGCAUGAUGAUUUAUAUUCUGCAUUCAUGGAUUACUACAAGGUGGAAAACCUUUUUUGGGCAUGGCUUGCACUGAUGGACCAAGCAUCAGAGGAGACAGAUGCUUCUCAAAUUAUCUGCAAUAGCGAAGCACAGCAUAGAUAUCUAACAUGGAGAGCAGAAAAGGAUCCUGGUCAUCGGGUUCUGAAAAAAUUGAUUGGCGACAAACUUGCAAAGGACUUGGUGAGGGACUUCCUCUUCAAUGGAAUUAAUGAACUUGGAAGGAAAACAUUCUUGGACUACUUUCCUGAGUAUUGGUGCGAGGAUGGGACUAUAAAUGAGAAACGCAGCAUAGUUGGGAAGUCAUUUGAAAAUCGACCCUGGGAUACAAGAGGAGAAUUCAUUGGUGACAAGUUUAGAUGACUAGUAUGAAUUGUGUUUCCAUGCGUCUCCCACACCCUCCCAAGCCAGCAUCUCUGUACCUUUUUUUUUUUUUUAAUUCCUAUAACCCUCUUCGGUCUUUGCAUUGCCUCUUAUGGACUGCUGUAUCAGUACUUUUAACAAGAGUUACCUUACUGGUUUCAAUGCAUAAAAUGUCUUCCAACUA